CUUUGACAUGAACCACACAACGGAGCGCAUCGAGCAGAUUGUCAUCUACGAGUUCAUGGCCAAUGGCGACCUUGAGAGGUGGAUUGGACCGCAUGCCCCCAAGCAGCUGACAAUAAGGCAGCGCGUGGAUGUGAUGAUCGGCAUGGCUCAGGGGCUGCAGUACCUGCAUGGCUUUGGCAUCGUGCACCGCGACAUCAAGCCAGCCAAUGUGCUUCUUGACGACACGAUGCAGGCCAAGAUUGCAGACUUUGGACUGGUGAGGAUGGGCGAGGGCACAUCCGUGAUUGCUACGCGAGUGAUGGGAACACCAGGCUAUGUGGACCCCGCUUACUUCAAGUCACAGAAGGCCACCCCCAUGGCUGAUGUGCACAGCUUUGGAGUCGUGAUGCUGACGGUCAUUACAGCCCGCAAAGCCAUCUACAUGGUGGACUCUGAUCAACACAACCUCAAAACUUGGGUGAGCCCUUUGGCCUCAUUUGAACCACAGUGAACUUACCUUUCCAUCUUCAUU